AUGGCCGCAUCCACCCUGUCCGUCUGCUCCAGCGACCGGAGCUAUGGCAGCCGCGUCUGCCUGCCCGGCUCCUGUGACACCUGCUCCGACUCCUGGCAGGUGGACGACUGCCCAGAGAGCUGCUGCGAGCCCCCCUGCUGUGCCCCCGCCUGCUGUGCCCCCUCCUGCCUGACCCUCAUCUGCACCCCUGCGAGCUGCGGGUCCAGCCCCUGCCAGUCAGCCUGCACCAGCUCCUGCCAGCCCUCCUGCUGCAGCUCCUCCCCCUGCCAGGAAGACUGCUGUGUGUCUCUCUGCUGCAAGCCCGUCUGCUGCACCCCUGUCUGUUGCAAGCCCGUCUGCUGCACCCCUGUCUGCUGCCAGGCCUCCCCCUGCUCAGCCUCCUCAUGCUGCCAGCAGUCUAGCUGCCAGCCCUCCUGCUGCAGCUCCUCUCCCUGCCAGGAAGACUGCCAGCCUGUCUGCUGCACCCCUGUCUGCUGCAAACCCAUCUGCUGCACCCCUGUCUGCUGCAAGCCCGUCUGCUGCACCCCUGUCUGCUGCCAGGCCUCCCCCUGCUCAGUCUCUUCAUGCUGCCAGCAGUCUAGCUGCCAGCCCUCCUGCUGCAGCUCCUCCCCCUGCCAGGAAGACUGCUGCAAACCUUUCUGCUGCACCCCUGUCUGCUGUAAGCCCGUCUGCUGCACCCCUGUCUGCUGCAAGCCCGUCUGCUGCAAGCCCGUCUGCUGCACCCCUGUCUGCUGCAAGCCUGUCUGCUGCACCCCUGUCUGCUCCGGGCCCUCCUCCUGCUGCCAGCCCAGCCCCUGCUCCUCGUCCUGCUGCGGACCGUCCUCCUGCGUGUCCCUGCUCUGCCGCCCCGUGUGCAGGCCCGCCUGCUGCGUGCCCGCCUCCUCCUGCUGUGCCCCUGCCUCCUCCUGCCAGCCCAGCUGCUGCCGCCGAGCCUCCUGCGUGUCCCUGCUCUGCCGCCCCACGUGCUCCCGCCAGGCUUGCUGCGUGCCUGCCUCGGCCCAGAAGUCCUGCUGCUGA